CCUGCUGCAUUUCAUACACUUUCAGCCGUUUGUUCCUAGUUGAGCAACUUUAUAUUUGUAUUAUUAUUAAAGUGCCCUUUCACUUUAGAUUUAUAAAUACAUCACAAUGUCUCAUACUAUUGUGACUACUACUACUACAACAACAACAUCGACAUCAGAUGGAGGAUUUUGCAACAUCGGUUAUGCGCGUUCAUUUCAAGGAUUACUGAAAAUCGGCCAAGUGGUGAUCCUCCUGAUUGCCUUCUUAUGUGUGCACUGUGAUCAGCAUUGGACCAGUUACUCUGCAUUUCGGUACUUUGAGGUGGUCACCGCGUGGUUCCUCAUCGUCUUCCUUUUCUUCUUCUUGAUGUACGUGAUGAGACUUCAAAGAAAAAUCACAUGCAUUAACUGGACAUUGACGGAGUUUUUACAUUAUGCUGUGGGAGGUAUCCUGGUCUUUAUCGCCUCUAUAGUUGCGGCUGUGAAAAGUCAUGGGUACUCCUCUUUGGUCGCUGGAUCUCUUCUGUCUUUUGUUGCAUUUGUGAUGGAGGAGGUCGUGUCCAACUGCUCAUCCUGUGGGCCACUCUACUUCUUUGAAUUUGUCAGUUGCACAGCCUUCCUCUUCACAUUUUCGCUCCUCAUCCUCCUGGCCACAACGCUGCACCAGAGAGUUGGAAUCAGUUGUUGGCCCACCUUGGACUUUGGAUUCACAGCAGCCAUGGCAUUUUUAUUCCUCAUCGCCAGUGUUGUGUUUGCAGCUGACAAUGGUGGGACAAUUCUGGAGCAGACCUCAGCGGCAUUUGGCUUCCUGGCCACAAUGGCCUACUUUGUUGACUUCAGUCUCUUUUUGAAAGCAAAAGGUUGUCGAAAGGGAAGCAAUCAACCUGCAACAGACAACACAACCAGACCAGUGCCAGAGAGAGAAAAACUAAAUUCUAAUGGAACUGAAUAGAGUUUUAUUAUUUUCACCAAAAUAUUACGGUCAGACCGCUUUUUGUCCCUUAACAAACAAAUUUUGUAAUAUUUAAGAACUGUUUUGACCAAAACACAGAGGUUAUGAUAUCGUAAUAUUUCUGUUUAAGUCUCUGGCUAGCUAAUGGACCAAUUUUAUCUUGUGCCUUGAAUGUUUUAAUUUCAUAACUGAAAUACAUAUAGGAGUCUUAACUUUACAAUUGAAAUAGAAGACACACAUAUCAUCCAGUUUCUCUUUGUGGGGGCUUCUGGCAUUAUGCUUACAUUUUGCCACAAUGAAAUUUUUUACAUGGCUUUAAAAUAAAUUAAAAAUUAGGAGUACAGAAAUUAAGUUGUCAUGUCCCAAUCAGAGCUUAUCUUCUGUACUGUAGACAUAAAUUGUUAUGGUUUAACAAGUACAUUAGAAAAAUCAGGAUUUUAUCACAUAAACAUUACUGAUUGACCCUGUUUUAUGUCACAGGAAUAUGAAUAGAAUAUUGGAUAAAUUGUUAACGAAAUCAUGAAAGGUCAGCAAAUUGUAUUAAAUAUUCAAAAUAUUAUUUUCAUCUAAUACUUGUGGGACAGGUAAAUAUUGCACUGUAUAGACCAGGGGCCAGCAAACUUUUUGACAUGGUGUGCUAUUUGUUAUUUUCCUGUUCAAUGGCUGUGCCGACAACCCCCGCAUCACAAGACGAUCAACAACAGUGUUUAGUCCUUUUCUUUGAAUCGCACCUGCAAAAUCCUAAAACUUUAUUUCCAGGUUUAAUUUAUAUUUUUGAACCCCACGAUGUGGAUUUAUGUUUUCUCUUUUAACCGUUUAAUGUAAUUUUGAGUGUGACCAUUGUUUAAGGAGGGUGUACCUGUAUGCUGGGUUAGAAAUAUCAAGGAUUAAUAUUGUUUUUUCCUUAUUACAUCACAUGAUGUUCUGAAUGCAAAAAGAAACAAAUAAAACACGGAAUGUAGGCUGUCAUUCUGCAAAGACUGACCGAAUCAAAGCAGCGUUUACUCACGCGAUUAACCGGAAGUGAAGCGCUGCUGGCUCGUGAUGCUCCUGAUGUGUGAGUGGCUUGCACGCGGUGCACGAGUCUGUUGGGUAUACUGCAGUCUUGUCACAUUUUUACUUUAUGUUUAGUCUCACAUUCAGCUUAUGAAAACACACUGUGAGAUCAUGAGGAAGGAUUACAUAAAGCUGUAGAUUGGAAGCAUCACGCUUCCAUUGCUGGAGUGCCAGUGAUUACACCUUCCGUGUGCCAAUGCUGGAAAGUGUGGCAUAGGUUGCUGGGCCCUGGUAUAGACAAAGAUAUUUUAGUGAACUGUUGAAAACGAUUUUGAUGACAGCAGGAUGAUGUUUUGUUAUCAACAUUCUCUAAUGGCCCUGUGAUUAUAAUUUUUGCUGUGCAAGGGAUAUCAUAUAAUUUUUUAUUGAAACAAUCUGUCGUUUUUAAAUUGUGUAGAACUAGAAAUGUAUAUUUUCCUUUGUGCCUUAUCUUGUUGCAUGUGGGCGCAGAUGUUGACAUAAUUCUAUCAUGGUUUUGUAAGCUGUACUUGUUAAGCUAUGAUUGUGAAUCAUUCAAUUGAGGUCGUAUGGAGGUGCGUGUAGGCCCAAAUGUGUUAAUUUAAAUGCCCUUAGUGAUGAACGGACUGCACAUUUUUGAGACCCUAAUCUGCCCUAUGCUGUCACCCUCCUGUGCUGUAAAACAGACUUCUGCUUUCUGUGUUAAUUAAGACAAAUGUGUAGAUGUGAACAAAAUUAUUUAUUAAUUUUCCAAAGACUAAAUAACAUGGACCACUUUUACAGCAUUGUUUUUGUAAACAUUUCUCCAUUCCAGCAAUAAAUGGCUCCUGGGCUUUAUUCUUUUUUUAUUUAAAUUGUUUUAUGUAUGGCCUGUAAAACAUAUGUACCUGUUGAUAAGGCUUUACAAAUGACAGUGUGUUUAUUAUAUUAACAACACUGUGUGUGUGUGUGUGUGUGUGUGUGUGUGUGUGUGUGUGUGUGUGGUUAACUGGUGGAAUUAGUCGAAGACUCCUGAUUAUGUGAUCAUUAGAUCUUGAAAAUGUAAUGUAACUUGUUUGUGCCUUCAAAAUGUAAUAAACACAAUUGGCCUUAUUCACGCUAGUGCCAUUUUGAUUUUUAAUAGGAAUGACAACGAGGCUGUGAGGGAUAGCCUUUCAGUCUCUUUAAUGGUCUGUAUUUUAAAGUUACUGUACUGCAGUUGAAGUUUUUUUUUUUUUUUUUUAUCGUUCCGUGGACAAAACAUGGAAAAUGAUCUGUCAACCAAUACCAAUACAACAUGAGUUGUGGAAAAUUAGAUGUGAUCUAGGAGCUUAAUACAGCUUUAUACGGUUCCCUCACCGCCUCGUUGUCAUUCCCAUUAAAAACCAAAUAUGGCGCGUUGAUAAUCUAUAUAGCUCUUACAUGUCCAUUUUUGUCACUAUUCUUUGU